AUGUCUGAAGGACUUCCCUCGAAGCCUCUUCAACCUGCCCGCCCGUUGACUCAAGUACAUCUGUCACCUGGGUCUGCAGAAGAAGCUAUUGCAUCUAUCCGAGCUUAUGGUACCAGCUUCCCACCCGCUGCUGGAUCCCAAGCGGCUCAGACAUCAACUACCUUCCAGGUACCUACUGUACCAGUCUCUGAACAGUCUCGACAACCUCAGACAGGAGCGGCCCCUGCUAGAAAGCCCAGAAGAAGACAGCCUAAGAAGACUCAAGCACAAGCUUCGACUUCUCAACUGCCUCUUCCACAGGGCUCCCAAGAGGUUCAUCAACCUCAAGCCGAAGCACCCCCUUCUCAGAAGGCCAGGCAACCGAGAAAGAACCUGAAGCGAUCUAUCGACAGUGUUGAUCCCUCAGCUUCCCAAGAAGGUCCUGCGACCAAGAAGCCCACUCUGCAAGUGCCUCAGCCCACUCAACCUGAGGUUCAAGCAUCUCCUUCUGCUGUUGCCCUACAGCUAUAUCAGCCUACUCAACCUGAGGUCCAAGAACCUCAUUCUACUGUUGCCCUACAGUUAUAUCAGCCUACACAAUCUGAGGUCCAAGCACCUGCUUCGACGAUCGAUCUACCGCCACACCAGCCGGCUCAACAACUUCAGUCCCAGGCACCCCGUACUGAUCCCACCCCUGGUGGAUGGUGGGAGAUCCCUGGUUUCUCUGAAGCGUUCAAGCAGUACCACAGAGACAGAUGCGGAAAGGAAGGCACUCUUAGACCGUUUGUUGUCCAGGGAAUCAUUAGCCUGGCUAUCGCCGAACACCGAAGAGUCCAUGCUGCUGCUGCUGCUCGACAAGCUGCUGAAAACGAGGGUGCUGCUAACCCAACUGCGCCUCAACAACAGACAGAUCCAGCAUCUGCAGACGUGCAAGCUCUUGUGACCUGGUCCGGCGGCUCAUCUUCUCAGAUGGGCGUGGAUAAUCAACAGACGGCCAUUGACCUUCCGAUUGACCCCCAGCUUCAGGUAGAGUAUGACGUUAGCUCUAUGGACCCUCGUGCUCACACACUACACAUCGGGGGUGUUCGGCUCAGCCAAGUUGGCUUGGGUCCCGAUCCUGCUCUUCCCAAGAACGAUGUUGAUGGUCGAUUCAAGAUGAUUGAGGUCGAGCUCAAGAAUCAGGUUCAGCCUGGAAGUCUUCCCAUCCCCUCGCCCUCUAAUGUUCCUAAGCCCCCAUCCAAGUUUAUUGGUAAUACCUACGUGAUGCCGCCCGGAGUUGAAGACGCUCGCCUGGAGAAGGUCCUGUCAGCAAGGAACGAGGUUAUUCUCAACGAAAGGAAGAAGCUCAACCUUGCCCGCAACAACACAUCUGCAAAGGGAACUCGUGUGAGACGGGAAGAAAAAGCUAUAAACCUCAGGGAACUCACUAAAAAGUUACAAGUCCAAAUGAACUGGUGGCGCCUUAAGGCUGUCUCCCUUGGCGCCGACCCUAGAGAAUGGAAUGCCGUCUCCGAGGACCUCAAAAAGAUAAUGUCUGCGGAUAUGGAUAAGAAAGUGUGCAAGGCCGAAUACGAUCAACUCCAGCACAUGAAGAGAAUCGCAAGUUCAGAACAUUCAGCUCGAAAUACAGAAACCGCAAGACUGAACAAACUUGAUGCCGCGAAGAAGGAGAAAGAGGUUCAAGAAAUCAUGGCUGCCAUCGAGGCGAAAGAUCGUGAACGACAGGAAGCACAGGCUCAGGGCCAGGAACUCCCUGAGAUGGAUCUUGACGAGUUCAUUGAAAUGACCUUUCCUGACGAUGAAGCCCAAGCCGAUACCACUACCGCUGCUGGUGACACGGCCGAAGCCCCUACUCCGAUCAACGACGAUCAAAAGGACAGUAUUCAUGCCAACACAAGUGGCCCCAUCAACACCAAUGGCGCUCCAAUCGAGUCUACAGCCAAUGUCGGUGAAAGUGCCGAUGCUGGAGGAGCAAUCGAAUCUGUCAACACCACUGAUGUCAACAAUACUAUGGAUGUUGGCAAUCCUAUCAACAACGACAACAUUUCUAUGGCUCCCGGCAAUACUAUGGAGGGAAACACUCAGACUAUGGAUGAAGAUGCUCUGAACACUGGCAACAUGGCUAGUGCAUCUACCAUGGACAACCAUUCACUUCUUCCAAACAACUGGGCCAUGCAGCCAUACACUCAGAUUGACAGCACCCCUCAUAUGUCUAUGGACUCUCAAGAGGCUCCUGUCAACAACUAUGACAUGCAGAACAACGGCAUGCAGAACAACGGCCUGCUGAGCAAUGGCAUGCAGAACAACGACAUGCUGAACAAUGGUAUGCAGUACUGGGUCCCUGGUGGGACUGCGAUUGAUACCGAAUUCCAGGGUGGUGCCUUGGGCGACUUUAACCCUCAAAACAAUAACUUCCCCAACUUGGGGCUUCAUGAUAAUGGGUUUAUGCAGAGCAAUCUCCAGGACACCCCUUUUGCUACCGAUGAUAUGCAGAACAUCAACAUCACCACCAAUGGUUUUCAAAGAAUCACCGCUCUCGACGAUAGCACUCAACUAUCUGACUAUCCCAUGCAAGACAUCACUCCUCUCGACACCAGCCUUUACGGCAAUGUCUCUUUCGGCAACAGUACUCAGUGCAGUACUUCCCUCGACUACAGUGUUCAGGGCGAUGCCGGUUUUGACACCAGCGCUUUCAGCAAUGCCUCUAUCGACAGCGGUACUCCGUACAAUGCCUCUUUUGAUAUCAGCUUUCAAGACAACACCUCUGUCAACUACGGACUCCAGGGCAAUCUCCCUACUAACAACGGUAUUUACGGUGCCGCCCCCGACAACAAUUUGAUCCAGGACAAUGCUUCCAGCAGCACUAAUCCUCAGGGCAAUGGCAACGCCACUAAGAAACAGAAGCCCAAUAGAGUCACCAAGGCCACUAAGCCUAAGCCUAGCCGGGCCAGCAAGAGCAAUGGCCGCAACGUCAAGAAGACCGAGACCGUUAGACGUGAGAUCACCGGAGCCGAUCUACCUAGAGUUGCAAACCCCGUCCCAAGCAACAGCUUCAACCCAGCCGUUCUUGCACGCGCUAGACUUGACCACAUCGAUCCCACAGAUCGUUAUGCCUUUGGCGGACGGCCUCCUAGUGCCAGCCAACAGCUCCUCACUCCUCGGGCUUGCGACUUCGCAAAUGACAAACACCUCACCUAUGAGAACUCUUUUACAAGCGAGGGCAACAAAAGCCUCUUCGAAGGCAACUAUUCUAACUAUGAGCUGUACCCUUCCGACGACGAACGGAACCAAUUUUGA